AAGAAGACAACUGAUUCCCUUAUAACUCUAUGUCUGUGCUAGGAUAUGUCACUGGAACGAGCGCGUCCUCGCGGAGACUGAGUGUCUCCGUAAGCUCUAAUUGGCGCACAGUGGACACCCAGGCAGCGACAAGUGCCAACGACGUAUUUGCACAGCUCACCAUCAAACAGAUUCAAUCGCUUAAUCGACAGUACAACGAGAAUAUCAGCGUGGCAAAGACGGACAUCCACAGACUUGUUGGGAACAAGUAUAGAGACUUGAUCGAUAUUGCCGGGGAUAUCGACUCCAUGUACACCCAGACCGCGGAAAUCGACCGUCAAUUGUCUGAUCUUGCGUACCAAACUCCUUCAUUUGUUUCGUUUGUAGGCCACGAUCCACAAAAUGACUUCAACUCGAGCUUCCGUCAAGAACGUGCGGCUACAGCCAGACAGAGGGCCCAGCCUGCUAUUCUUCGCAAUUUGAUCACAAACACACUUCUUGCCUUUGACUUGCGGUUGAUUCUGGUGCUGAGCAAACUGAGCAAGGAAGAGUCCAUAUCCUCAUCUGACCUUAUACGUUCUGCCAAGUUCUACUACUCCAUCGAAGAAAUCUUUGCCAACGCUUUAAAUGCCGACAAGGAAGUGAGGUUGACGUUCCAUUCUUUGAAGAAUAAUUUCAUAUCCUACCUUGAGAACCAACUCUGUGGCUACGUGGGUUCAGACGGUAUACUUGCCAUUGAAAACGUCUUGACCCGUCGAGGGAACAGGUUCGGUUUGGCUAAUGGUGGCAUUGGAAGCAAUGACGGCUUGGCCAGCGAUAGCUUGUUUGACGACGUGUCUGAAUUUUAUAGAGUGGACUAUACCGAUUAUGCCGAUAUACUCGGCCCCGUUGAAAGCUGCUUGGUGGCAUACAUCAUCUUAAACCGCAAUAACCUGGAUUUGGACACGAUUGCCAAAGUUCGGGAGAACUUCCUCUCCUUGAGAUAUAAUUACCUUUCUUCUCUCUUUGCAGAUGUGGUACUUGCAGCCAGUGAGACCAGGGGGGUGAAUUUCUUCACCAUUUUCCAAUUCAUUGAAGACACAUAUGACCUUGUGGAGAGAUGUCUACAACUGACAGAACAGGUAAAUGCAUUCUCUAAGGUUUUGAAGAAUAGCACCAGUCCGUGGAAGGCUUCAGAAGUAUUGGGGUUCCGCCAUUGGUUUGAAUCAGAUGUUGUGACGUUCAGAACUGAAAGUCAACAUGCAACGACGAAACCACACUUUGAUGCAAAGAAAUUUUCGGACUUGGUUGAAGAGUUUGGCAAGAAUUUACUUCAAGGUGCGGCUGAACGGAACUCAAUAGAGACCGUUGUAGACACUUACCAAGGAUUUGUAGGAGGGUUGGACCGUAUUUCAGAAAACCAUACGGAUCUGCGUUCCGCGUCUCUCCUCAGACCAAUUGUGACGAGUCUCUUGGAUCUCUUGACCAAGCAAAUCCGUACCAUUUACAGUAUUCAUUUUGACCUGCUUGUCAGAGAGUCUGACGGAGACACGAUCAUGUCUGCCGUCCACACACAGGUAAGCAACGGCGGGCCAGUAUCCACAAACACUGUCAAAUUGUUCUCACAAGAAAUCGUAGAGCUUCUCAAUUCUGACAUUGAUCGGUAUAUGUCAGCAAUGUCCAAGGCUUCUACUAGACGCAGUUCUUUGGGAGAUUGGUUUGUUGUAUUACACCGUUAUCAUCAAGUAGUUGCCGAAGCUGAAAACGUACUUGGAGCGGCGCAUGCUGGAGAAAAAGUCACUCAAAGGUUCCAUACGCUUAACUCGGAGCUCGACAGUUUAAUGUGGAUCAGAAUCGACAUAUGUAUACGGCAGUUACAAGAGGAGUUGGCUACAUGCGAUGACUUGCACUCCUGGUACUACAUAUUACGGAUAUCCACUCAGUUGAAAGAGAGCAUCCUUGGCACUGUAGAGCGGAGCCAAGGCCACGAAUUGGACAGUCGUAUUGAGAAAAUAGAUGAGGUGAACUGCGAGAUUUGUGAAAAGAUUGUCGAAAGAGUUCCAAACAAGACGUUCAAUAAAAUCUUUGAAUCGGUUUUAAAACAGGGUGACGAGACAAAUGGAGUCACUGAUGAUGAAACUGAAGAGGAAAACAUUAUCCCUACUAGACCAAGCUUCAGACUUUCUACAGCCAUGUACCACCUUGCCAACGUAUAUAUGGAAACUUCAUCAUUUGGCAACACCAUUGGAGAGAGUGAUGGUCGACUUUUCCAAGAAAAGCAUGUAGCGACCGUUUUCUCAAAAGCCAAGACUAAAUGGAUAUUAGGACUUUCUGAAAGGUUAUACGAAGUGAUUGCAGACUUGAAUGAUGAACAACAAAAGAUGGAAAUGUUCGCCGAUGCAGCAUAUCUUGUACAAUUUGCAAACUCACAGGGCGAGCUGAAGGACGAAGGAGAGGAAGAAGCCGGUAGAAAACGGGCGAUGGAACUAGGUGCACGAGCUGAAAUUAAAGAAGACUUAGCCAAGGAGAUUACAAAUGGUGUCAUUGAGUUCUACCGGUCCAACAAGGGCUUAUACUUGCCCCUUCUGUUAUAGAUGAAAUCAACAUUUAUGGCGAAACAACUGUUUCUAUUUCUUUCUUGUAGACAUUUACAUUAAUUCUAUUUUACUUCUAUAUACCGUGCUCAUGUUACCUCGCACAUGGCACCGGUUGAACUCCCUCUCUUU